AUGGUAAGAAUCUUCAAGUUUACCAAGGUGUUUGAGCGGCAUCCUGGCAUUUUCUACAUUUCUAAGAAGUGUGACACCCAAACUGUUGUUCUAAGGGAAGCUUAUGACCGCCACAGACUCAUAGAGAAACACCCCCUAACUGAUAUCAGGGAAAGAUAUGCAAGUUUGAUGGAAAAAGGGUUUGUGGAUAGGAGCAGGGGGUUAUACAAGAAAAACAAGUGUGAGGGUCUAGAGGAGGAUCCUUUAGAGAGGAUUUCUGGUGGUGAACUCAGUGGAUUUCAAUAUGAAGGGGAGUCAGAUGAUUAUCGGUAUUCAGAAUAUGAAUCAGACAAGACUAUGGAUAAUUCUUGCUGA